UGUAUGAGUAUAUAAAUGGGAAAUAUCUAUGCCGAUGGUCUAACUCAAGACCAUGUAAUCAGAACCAGGCAUUAGAAACUCAACCUGUACUUCAAGACACCACCAUAAAGUUGCGACUGACUACAAAAUGGCGCCCAAAGGACUCGCAAUCAUCAUCGGUGCAGGGCCUACUUCCGGCGCCGGGAUCGCUCGAAUUCUAGCCAGCCCUCAACAUGGCAACUUGGCAGUUGCACUACUUGCCAGAAACCCCGAAAACCUCCAGAAUCUUGCGACCGAUCUACGCAAGUCUUCCAAUGGCAUACUCCACCCCUUUCCUACAGACACUGAGCCCGAAAACCUCCGGCGGACUUUCCAACAAAUCGCAGAUCAUGCAGACUUCAAAGAUCUCAAGCUCAAGCUCGCCAUAUACCACGUCAAGAACUCGAGCAGGAAGCCAUUCCUCGAAGAAACACCAGAGGCUUUCAAUGACAGCAUGACCACCUUCACAACCGGAGGCGUUGUAUUUGCGCAAGAAGCGUUGAAGCUUAUGUAUGCACAAAAUGGAGGGCAGACGCUCCUUUCCGAUACUGAGGGUGCGAAGAAGGGCACCAUCAUUUUCACGGGCACUUUGGGAGCCAUGCGCACAAAUCAGCAGUACGCUGCCUAUGGUGCAUCUCGAGCAGCCGCGAGGAUGGUAGCCCAGGCUAUUGCAAAGGAACACAGCAAGUUUGGUGUACACGUGGUUCAUGCUAUUGCCAAUGGCGGAAUUAUCGAUGAAGAGAAUGAGAACACCAAGACCGGCAAGCGUAUGCGCGCGGAAGAUGUUGGAGAGUUGUAUCUUUGGUUGUCACAGCAGCCGAGCUCCCUCUGGACGCAUGAGUUGGAUAUGAGGCCGGCACAGGAGACUUUCUAGGAUAGGAACUGAAAAGUAUUGGGAGAGAAUCUUGUUCUAGAGUAAAAGCUCUAGCCCUUGCAACGUUAUUGUUGAAAGACGCGGGUUGGCAAUGCAAGCGUAUCACGUUAAAAGUAAUCUACUUAUAGUUCCAUUUCGGACGAUCUUCAGCGUUA